UAUGUGUACUUCAGUGUGUCAUCAUCUUUCUUAGGAUUCCCACCCACAGUUUCAGGAGAAUUUCACUCAGAUGUCCAUCCCUGUGUGGAGAGGAGUCAAUUCUUUUUCUCUUUAAGCCUGGCUAGAUCAGCAGCAGGCCUCCAACCACAGAAACUCAGAACAGAGCCAAACUUCCAUCAGGACUAGACAAUGAGGAACAGGGUGGGGCUGUGUGUGCUGGGCCUUCUGUGCCUCCACGGCUCAGUCUUUGGACAGGUAAGAGAACCCCCUUUUCAGCCCGGCAUCCUGAUCUUCUGUGACGACCCAUCUGUGAAGAUAGCCGUCAACAGCGCAGUGAAUAAGUUCAACGAGAGGCUGAGCACUGGACACAAGUUGGCCCUCUUCCAGAUACUUACAGCCAGCAAGUCAAAGAAUGUCUCAGACUCGGUGUACUCACUGCAGUUCACCAGCAGGAGGAGUGACUGUCAAGCUGGGAGCAGCAAACCUUGGACAGACUGCAAUUAUCUGCCAAAUGGACGCAAGGAGCCAUUUUCAUGCAAUGCCACAGUCUACAUGACCGACCACGAGGCAGACACUAAACAGGUGGAUUGCCGGCUCGACGAUCACAUUAUUCCAGUGAGAGCUCCCUGUUUGGGCUGUCCUCAGGACAUCGACAUAGACUCAGAGGACCUUAGGGUUCCUCUUUCAAUCUCCAUCUCCAAGUAUAACUCCUUGUCCGACUCUACUCACCUGUUCGCCCUGCACAGUCUCGGCCAUGCCACCAGACAGGUGGUUGCAGGCUUCAGAUUCAAGCUGAGGUUUGACAUGAAGAAGACCACAUGCCCCAAGGAUGAACACAAAGACCUCAACGAUCUGUGUGUCCCUGAUGAAGAGAAUGUGGAGUUUGCUAACUGUAACUCUACAGUGGAUGUAGCACCAUGGCGAUUUGAGGUCCCACAGGCACAGAUACAAUGCGAACCAGGGGAAAUGCCUCAAUCGUUUUUCAUCAGGCGUCGUCCUCCUGGCUGGUCCCCACUCAGGAACAUUCUAUAUAAUGUUCGCUCAUCUCCAUCUCCAUCUCUAUCUCCAUCUCUGACCACACCACCCCCCACUAUGGCUUCAGCCAAAGAAGAAUCUUCUGAGGAGGACACCACAGUCUCCCAGCCUUCCAACUCCCCUGGCCUGGCUGCAGAACCUGUGAUUGACAGCCCCUUCUACUGCCCGUCCAAGCCCUGGAAACCGUUCAAUGCGGAGCCUGCAGCUCCUACGAAGGCUGCCACAAAUGAGGCCACCACUCCGCUCUCAGCAGACGGGACCUUCAGUGAUUCAGACCUGGUGGCAUAAAUUUGUCCUAAUGGAACCACAUUUAUAUUCAAAAUAAUCUCACUCGUCACACUCUUCCAACAGAUUUUGUUUCCUCCUCUAAUAUAUUGGGUGGCAUUGCAGGGAUUUUUGGAGGAACGUGUCUAUGGGUUUUAUGCAGAUUUGAAAAACAAAAGGGUUAAUUUAAUAAAUAUAACCAGUCAAGGGGACAAAGGAGAAGGCAACCUGUUUUGGGGCCCUGUUAAUCCUCAGAAA